CUUGAGCCUCACAGAACUUUUCUAUCUGUUCACAGUUGGUAUUCCUGGCUGAUCCCAUCUAUUCUAAGAAGAUAUUCCUCAAUUGGUCCGCCUUUUCUAGAUCAAACCGUCCAGUUUUCCGCCCCGUUGGACUCUGGUGGCUGCCAAGCGGGGUAAACCAUUAGUACGCGGCGUAUCUAGACCGAUUAUCGAUAGGCCAAAGCUUCACCUUACUGGAUUUAGCGUCUAGAUAUACUCCAAGAUGGGUCAUCUCGUUACCCUCGCAACUUGCUCCUUGAAUCAAUGGGCUCUAGAUUUUGAGGGAAAUACUGCCCGUAUUAUUGAAAGUAUCCGCAGAGCGAAAGAAGCUGGUGCUACUUUACGCGUUGGUCCAGAGUUAGAGAUCACCGGUUAUGGCUGUCUUGAUCACUUCCUUGAGGGGGACACGUUCCUACACUCGUGGGAGAUGCUCGCCCGCAUCAUUCAAGAUCCAGUCUGCCAGGACAUGUUGGUUGAUGUCGGCAUGCCGGUCCGUCACCGGAAUGUCCGUUACAACUGUAGAGUCAUUUUCUACAAUAAGAAGAUCCUUUUGAUUCGGCCUAAAAUGUGGUUGGCUAAUGAUGGCAAUUACCGAGAAAUGCGGUACUUCACCCCGUGGCAGCGCCCUCGAGAGAUCGAAAAGUACUACUUAGAGCGCAUCGUUGGAGAAAUUACAGGACAGUAUACUGUCCCAUUCGGAGAUGCUGUAAUUAGUACUAGGGACACAUGUCUUGGUUUGGAGACCUGUGAGGAACUUUUUACUCCAGAUGGUCCGCACAUUCCGUACGGCCUGGCUGGUGUCGAGAUCAUCUCCAACUCUUCUGGGAGUCAUCACGAACUCCGAAAGCUUGACACACGGGUUAACUUGAUAACUCAAGCAACGCGGCUGAGCGGUGGUAUCUAUUUAUAUGCCAAUCAGCAGGGUUGCGACGGCGAUCGAUUAUAUUAUGAUGGCUGCUGCAUGAUUAUUAUCAACGGUGAUCUUGUCGCUCAAGGCUCUCAGUUCUCACUUAAUGAUGUCGAAGUGGUCACCGCCACGGUUGAUAUCGAAGAAGUCCGGAGUUACCGAUGUGCACCGAGCCGUGGACUUCAGGCCAACCAGGCCAGCAAGCAGGCACCUUAUACCCGUUUGGAAGUAGACUUCAGUCUCUCCCGCCGCGAAUGUGAUUCUGAGCCUAGCCUUUGCCCAUCAGACCCCUUCAAGCCGAAUUACCAUGCUCCCGAGGAAGAAAUCGCAUUGGGACCUGCGUGCUGGUUAUGGGAUUAUCUUCGAAGAUGUGGCUCCGCAGGAUACUUUGUUCCUCUCAGCGGAGGCAUAGACAGUUGUGCUACCGCUGUCAUAGUAUAUUCGAUGUGUCGAGAAGUGAUUAAAGGUAUCGAGCAAGGGAAUCAAGAAGUUAUAGCAGAUGUUCGCCGGGUGUGUGGGGAGCCGGAAGGCUCCCAGUGGCUUCCUAAAACGCCACAGGAAGUCUGCAACCGUAUUUUCCACACUUGCUAUAUGGGCACCGAGAACUCGAGUAAGCAAACCAGAGACCGAGCGAAGAACCUUGCAAAGGAUAUAGGGGCAUAUCAUGUGGAUCUAAACAUGGACACGCUUGUGAAGGCUGUCACCGAUCUCUUUACCUUUGUGACGAACUUCGCACCUCGAUUCAAGGUCCAUGGGGGCAGCACUGAUGAAAAUGCCAGUCUUCAGAACGUGCAAGCACGUCUCAGAAUGGUCCUCUCCUAUAUGUUCGCACAGUUGCUCCCGACAGUCCGUCAACGUCAAGGAGGCGGUGGUCUUCUAGUUCUCGGGUCUGCCAACGUGGAUGAAAGUCUUCGUGGGUACCUCACCAAGUACGAUUGCAGCAGCGCUGAUUUGAAUCCUAUUGGCUCUAUCUCUAAGGUGGACCUUAAGAAAUUUAUUGCAUGGGCCGUUGAUUCCUUCGAUCUGCCAAUCCUAAAGGACUUCCUCAAUGCGACGCCAACUGCGGAAUUAGAACCGAUUACCUCCACAUACGUACAGUCUGACGAGGCAGAUAUGGGAGUUACGUAUUCGGAGCUAUCUGUAUUCGGGCGUUUGCGAAAGGUAGCGAAACUCGGACCUUGGUCGAUGUACGAGAAGUUGCUUCACCUGUGGGGCAACGAAUAUAGUCCCAGAGAGAUCUACGAGAAGACCAGGCACUUUUUCCAUCACUAUUCUAUCAACAGACACAAGAUGACGAUUCUCACGCCAAGCUACCAUGCGGAGCAGUAUUCGCCUGAAGACCACCGACACGACCUCCGGCAAUACUUGUACCCGAAAUUUAGCUGGGCUUAUAAGAAGAUGGAGGAGAACGUUAAACUGUGGGAGUCCAGGGGAUGGACUGAAGGCCGGGCACAGAAAACAGGCCUGAAGAGUGCCUGAAUUAGCCUUGAUAGGCAAGCAGAUCUGAAGGCUGGUCGAUAUUCUCGUAAUACAUGGCAGAUAGACGAUGGUGGUACCAUUUUGUAAUAAAUAUUAUCUUGUUACAAAUAGAUCUAGAAGGGGUGUGGCAUCUCAUCUCAUGUGUUCUUCUAGGCA